UGACGCAGGCGGGCUCCACACACACUCUCCGGUAGCACAACAAUACAAGCUGUCGCCGCUCCCCCUCUUUACGCCUCGCUCUCGGUAUGGCGGACGGCGAGCGGUCCCCGUUGCUCUCGGAUCUCGGCGAUGGAGCUUUGGGCAGUGGUAACGGCGGGGUGUCUCCCGGAGCAGCUCCACACGGUGCUCCGAACAAACCGCAGAGCUUUCCUCCGUUUCCGAGCUCGACUCAGCCCCCUGUGUUGAUGGGCGAAAACCCUCCACCAUAUUCCCCCCUGACGUCUCCAGAGAGUGGCAGUGCUCCAGUCAUCAGCUGUAGGGUGUGCCAGUCGCUUAUCAGCGUUGAGGGCAAAAUUCACCAACAUGUGGUCAAGUGCGGAGUCUGCAAUGAAGCUACACCCAUAAAGAAUGCCCCUGCAGGGAAGAAAUAUGUGCGGUGUCCUUGUAACUGUCUUCUCAUCUGCAAGGUCACAUCCCAAAGGAUCGCCUGCCCUCGGCCUUAUUGUAAGAGGAUCAUAAAUUUGGGGCCAGUCCAUCCGGGUCCAGCCAGUCCGGAACCACAACCUGCUGGAGCUAGAGUUUCCUGCGGACACUGCAGCAACACUUUCCUGUGGACCGAAUUCACUGACAGGACACUGGCUCGAUGCCCCCAUUGCAGAAAAGUAUCUUCGAUUGGCCAGAGAUAUCCGAGGAGGCGGAGUCUGUGGUGUUACCUGCUGUGCUUGCUAUUUAGCAUCUCAGCCGCUGGUCUGAUUGCAGGGACGUGGUCCCAGGCACGUGUGUACGGGGGUAUUUAUGCCUCCUGGGCGGCGGUGUUGUUGCUGGUGGUGUUGACGCUGGCCAGGGCACUUUACUGGAGCUGCAUGAGGGUCAGCCAACCUCUCCACAACCUCACAUAGAGAGAGAGACACAGCAAGAGAGAGGGGGGCUGAGAUUAGGGGUGGUGGGAAAAAAUAAAGUCCACAGGAAAAGAGCUGGAGAGAAUCAUGGUUAACUCUUAAAGCUUGAUUGUGAAGGCUGUUAUGAAGGGUCAAAGUAAAAUCCAGGCUUGAGAAACACGUGAAAAAAAAGCUACUACAGCAAAGAAGAUUAGUGUUUUAAACUUAUUUUUAUUCGGAAGCUUUCUUUGGAUGUGUUUUCAUCCGUGAAUAUGAACUGACUUGUUACUCAUGGUUACAUGCAAA